GGCUGCUAGGGCGCUGGGGCCGUGGUCCAGACACACCGCGCUGCAGCUUCAGACUGGAGCGCGGCGGGCGGCUGCGGCGGCCCAACCCUCGAGCGGAGGCCCUUCACUCCCCAAGCAUGGCGGCCUCCACCACCUCGCAGCACCGGCCCAUCAAGGGGAUCCUGAAGAACAAAGGCUCCACGGCUUCCUCGAUGGCGGCCUCCACCCAGCAGUCCGGAGGGGCUACCCAGGAGGUGCAGAGAAAAAAGUCCCAGAAGUGGGACGAAUCGAACAUCCUGGCGACAUACCGCGCAGCAUACAGAGAUCAUGAAUUAAUGAAGACAAAUGAGCCCGGUAGUCCGCACCUCAGUGUGCAAGAUGAUGGGGAAGAUGCAAUGAGUGAUUUAGAAGCAAAAGAAGUCAUGACCCUAGACAUCUUAGCCUUGAAAUUAGCUGUCACUGAUAUGUCGGAGUCCAACUAUCAGGUCGGGGAGCCAGAGAGCCACGGGGCGCACACCAGCAAAAUCUUCGUCGACAUUCAAGAAAAACAUCAGCAGUUCGAAAUGAAAAGAAAGCUUCACUACAACGAGGGGCUGAACAUCAAAUUAGCUAGACAAUUAAUUUCGAAAGAGCUACAACUGGAAGAAGAGGAUAAAAACGAAGAAAGUCUACAUGCUACUAACGAAGAGAAGACUACUACAGAAGAAUCGGAUGAAGGUCCUGACGGUGAUCAACUGCAAACCCAGGGCCGCUAUGCGUAGAAGACACUUGUUCGACGCUGCAAUUGGAAGAAACAAGCCCUGGUACUACAGCUAACUGCUUCUUGUUCUGUAGAGCUCAUGCUUCAAGUACUGAAAUACUUACAGUUGAAUUGUACAGCAAUAAUUAAAUGGUAAACCUAGAAAAUAACAGAUUAAGUGAAAAUUGUGUGCUUGAUAUCCUUGUGC